CGUCUGUUUUUGAAUACUAGCAGCCUCGCUUUGUGGCGUGUGUUUAUUGCCAAGUUGUCGUCGCCGUCAUGUCUUUUUCGAGGGCACCUGUAAAACGAUUUAAUGAAGAUAUUGGCUGCGCCCCUGCACCUGGUACAUACGAUGUGAAAUCAGGCGAAGCCAAGGGUGCUGCUUCCUUUCUAAAAGCGCAGCGCUUCAAACCCUUGAAAGUCAACCCAGCAUCACCUAGACUUGAAGUUCCUCCUGCGUCCCCUAUUCGUCGAACCAUGUCAGUGGAUGGAUUGGUUGAUGGGUCCAGUGCCAAGAAAGAGAAGCCACAUGUAUCCAUGCAGAUGAAGCAACAGAAACUGUUGGAGAAGGAGAUCCGGUCGCUGGUGCAGCAGCGUGGGGAGCAGGACCGGCAGCUGCUGGUGCUGGAGGAGGAGGUGAAGAAGCUGGAGGCCAAGCUGCUGGUGGCCACCCGGGAGAAGACCGGCCUGGCAGCCAACGUCGCCUCGCUGGAGAGGCAGCUGGCCGAACUCAAGAAGACCAACGACUUCCUCAAGAACAAGUUUUCUGCCGACACAUCAAAGAAAAAGAUCCAUGCCCUCAGUACAGAAUUGAUGGAAGCAAGAAACAAACUAGAUGCAAAGGACAAGGAAUUGAGCUUCCUCCAAAUCAACAUGGAGGGCAAAGUGAAGGUUUUGGAGACAGAUCUGCAAACAUCCAGGGCCACUCUUACGGCCCUUAAAGAGAGAAAUGACGACCUGGAGUAUCUACACAGGGAGACAAAGACCCAGAACGAGGAGCUGGAGACGGAGGUGGACAAGCUUCACGCUGUGAUUCUGGAACUGCGCGAGGAGAUCAAGAUUAUUCAGGAAUAUCUGGAUACUGCCAAUGAGGAAUUACUGGAUCUGCGCGGCAAGCUGAGGGUGUCGGAAGAGGCGCUGAGGAGGUUCGAGCAGCAGAAGGAGAGCAGUAGCGAGGAGCUGGAGGCCUCCCAGAGUGUCGUGCGGCAGCAGGAGCAGGAGCUGGCGCGGCUGAGGGUGGUGCUGAGGAGGACUGAGGAGGAACUGGACCAGCAUGUGGCCCACCUCGGGGAACGCUGCCUCAUGAUGGAAGUCGAGAGGGCUCGCACCCAGGAGGAGGGCAUACGGCGCGUGGAGGAGCUGAAGUCGGAGAUCAGUACCCUGGAAGAGGGCAGGCAGGCGGACCAGAAGGAGCUGGAGACGCUCAAGGAGAUCCAAGGAGUCAUGACCGCCCAGCUGGAGCAGGAGAAGGAGCGUAACCAGUCACUGAAAGACACCAUUGAGCGGGAGUGGGGGGUGGCGUCGGAGGAGCGGCAGCGCCUGGAGGCCGAGCUGGAGGAGGCGCUGGACGAGCUGUCCAACCUGGAGGCGCAGGAGCAGCGGGGGGAGGAGGAGCUGAUGAGCCUGCGGGGCUGCAACCAGGAGCUCCAGGCCGAGCUGGACGACGCCCGAGAGCAGCUCGACAGGCUGGUCCAGUCUGUGGAGGAACAGGGAGGGGAGGCGCAGGAGCGUGUGCGGGCCCUGGAGGAGGAGGUGGCGCGCCUGAACCAGGCCCUCCUGGAGGAGCAGCAGAGGCAGGGCAGCCUGCAGCAGACGCAGGAGAAGGCCAGGGAGGAGUACGCCAGAAUGCUACUGGAAGCCCGAGCGAAGCUUGACGAGAAGGAGGAUGAGCUGGAGCUUGUGCGGGACGCCCACAGCCGUGCCUUUAGCGAGCUGCAGGGGGAGCUAGACCAGCAGAGGGAGAAGCUGCAGAGCACCAUGGCAGAGCUGGAGAAAGAGAGGGAGGAGAGGAGUGCCACGGUCAAGCAUCUGGAGAGGGAAAGAAGUCGCAUCAUUGAGGAACUAGACAAUGAAAAGAAGCUGAGAAGUUCCUCUCUGGAACAGCUGACGGAGGAGAGGGAUGCCGCUAUGGAACAGUUGAGGAAAGAGAAGGCUGAUGCUGUGGAACAGCUUGAGAAAGAGAGGUUGGGCAGGAUGGAUAAAUUGGAAAAGCUCGAUAAGGAGAGAGAUUAUCUGCAGGAGCAGCUGGAGAAAGAACGAGAGGAGAGGAGCAGCACGUUGGAACAACUUGAGAAGGAGAAGGUGGAGAGAAGUAGUGUUCUGCAGCAGCUGGAGGAGGAGAGGGUUGAGAGAAGUUGCACUUUGGAACAGAUGGAAAAGGAGAGGAAAGAUCUGCAGGAACAGCUGGAGAAGGAGAGGGAGGAGAGGGCCAUCGCCUUGGACCAACUCGAGAAGGAGAAGGAAGAGAAGGGUAUUACCUUGGAACAGCUGAAGAAGGAAAAAGAGGAGAGAACCAUCGCCUUGGAACAAUUUGAGAAAGAGACGGUCGAGAGAAGUAGUGCCAUGGAGCGGCUGGAGAAAGAAAGGGUGGACAGAACCGCUGCCUUGGACCAGCUUGAGAAGGAGAGGAACGGUAUCCAGGAGCAGUUGGAAAAGUUGACUGAAGACCACACCAGUACCAUUGAAGAGCUAGAAAAAGAAAGGGUGGAGAAAAACAGCCUGGUGGAGCAAUUUGAGACGGAAAGGAUCCAUUUUCAGGAGCAGCUGGAUAAGGACAGGCAGGAAAGGAGCAGCUUUCUAGCCCAGUUGGACAGCGAGAGGAGUAGCGCCCUGGAAGAGCUUACGAGGGAGAGAAACGAUAUUCUGACCCAGUUGGAGAGGGAAAAGGAGGAACGACAGGAGGAGCUGCAACAGCUGGAAAAAGAGAAGCAAAGUUUCCAGCAGCAACUGGAGACGGAGCGCAAAGAGAGAACCACUCUCCUUGCUCAGCUGCAGAGCGAAAACGGCAGCACGCUGGAAGAACUGAGGACGGAGAGAAGCAAAGUCCUCGCUCAGCUGGAGAAGGCGAAGGAGCAGCACGUCAGCAUCCAGGCCCAGCUGGAGAAGACGAAAGAGGAGAACAGUCACAUCGUCGCCCAGUUGGAGAAGGAGAGAGGGGAGAGGAGCGCCGUGCAAGCCAAGCUGGAAAAGCGUGAGGAGGAGAGAAGCUCCGUCCUGGCUCAACUGGAGGAGGUGAUUGAAGAGAAGACCCGGCUGGAGCAGAGGAGGCGGGAGUCUGCGGAGGGCCGCAUGGCCGAGGCCGUCCUCCUGCAGGCCCAGGUGGAGGCGCUGCAGAAGGGGCACGUGGAGCUCCAGAGGCGGCUGGAGGAGGCACAGGAGGAGAGGGAGGCUCUUAGUGGCUGCGUCCGGUCCUUGGAGGAGGAGAGGGAGACUCUGCAGAGGCGGAUGGAGGAGGAACGGGAUGUGAUGGAGACCAGACUGGCCCAGACUGUUGAACAGAGUUCCAACGAAGAAGAAGUUGAAAGGUGGAGAACCCUUUACGAAGAGCUGUAUGCCAAAGUUCAGCCAUUCCAGGAACAGUUGGACAUGUUUGCAGCGGAGCGUAGCGCGCUACUGAGUGAGAAGGGGGCAACGGAGGGGGAGCUGACGCGGCUGGCGGACGCCUACGCCAACCUGAUGGGCCAUCAGAACCAGAAGCAGAAGAUCAAGCAUGUCAUCAAGCUCAAGGAGGACAACUUCAACCUCAAACAGGAGUUGUCUAAGCUCAGGAUACAGGUAACCAAGCAGAAGAAGGAGCUGGAGAACCUGAAGCCAAAGCAAACGCCGCGCUUCGACCCCAGCAAAGCCUUCAAGCACGACCACAAGGAGAACGAGCGCCCCACCACUACUACCACCCUCAGAUCCUCUGGUAACAGACUUUAAGUCAUGGGAUGUCUGGAGGUCAAGGAAUAUUUUAAUGUAAUGUUUUACGUUUUUAAAAAUGAUGUUUUUCUUUUUUUUUACAUUAUCUUGUAAUAAAGUAGUUUUAUUGUA